AUGAUGUCACUGAAGUUACUAGAUCUAAGAGUACCGGCUUAUGUGCUUCUUGGCUCUCAGCCUGCAUUAACUUGCCAAUGGGAGCUAGGUCCUAACGAUAUGCUUUAUUCCAUUAAAUGGUAUAAAGAUGGCAAGGAGUUCUUUCGGCACGUGCCACGAGACCUGGAGCCUCAUAGAAAAUUUCCUCUACCGGGAGUUGAAGUGGAGGUAAUUUCGAAGUCAGAUGCGUUGGGAUCUAACAUUACAUUGUCAGCCGCGACACUAGAGACGGGCGGUCGUUACCGAUGCGAAAUAUCGGGUGAGCGCCCGCUGUUCCCCACUGUGUCCGAUCAUGGGGACAUGCUCAUUGUUGUUCUUCCAGAGUACGGCCCUGUAAUAUCAGGGUUCAGACCCCACUAUCAAAUUGGAGACAGAGUCCGAGUCAACUGCACGUCGGGUCGAUCGCGACCAGCUAUGCGGCUAGCGUGGUACUUAAAUGGCGAGCCUGCCCCAUUCAGCGCUACGAUGACCCCUGUGGUCUUCAAAGAUCAUGAUGGUUUUGAGACAACUAAUGUAGGUCUCGACUUCAGAGUGACUGAGCAACAUUUUCGUAACGGUGCGUUUAAAGUAAAGUGUUUAGCUACCUUGGCCUCCAUAUACUGGAGGAGCAACGAGGAAAGUGCACGUAAAUCAAAUACAAGAAUAAUAUAUGACGCGUUAGAAGUGAUGCCAUACAAUGUAACAGAUAGUGAUUCCGCAAAAUUAUUACCGGACUAA